AUGUCUUUAGAAUCCACAAAAAGAAGAGUCAAAAGGAACAGAGAAAUUAUUUUGAAGACAGUCAAAAGAGGCGCAAUCAUAAAUGGCUGUUUAUUGCUUGCAAAUAGAGUGUUCAAGAAAAGAUUUUUGAAUCUCGUGUUUGUCGUUACCAUCGUGCUAGAGACUGUCGUGGCAGCCUUUCUAGCUUAUUUGGUCAAGCCCACCAUCAUAAAAAAUAGCAAAGGGCGGGAAAUAAAGGACAUGGGCGUAGACCUGACGUCAAGAGGCGUGAUUCGCAUUUUCAUGGACAUAAUAUACACGUGCUUUGGGACUAAGCUGGCGAGUCUGGUAAUUGGCUCCAAGGCCUUCAUUAUUAUGCUGAUAUUCAUUCCCAUCACUGCGUACUAUGAGAUAUUCAUGCGCAGAGAGGUCCGCAAAAAACAAAGAUAG